UAAGUUGUGUGUAUGUUAUUGUAGGAUUUUACACGCGGGUCCUGCCGGGGCUUCAUCCACCAGUGCGGAGCGGAGAGACAGCAGGAGAGCCUGUACUCUGAAUUAGCCGGGACUGCUCCGAUUUACAGCACAAAAUGGGACGCGGAGGGGGACGGGAUCAAUAUGAGCUGGCGGCGACGUCGGAGCAAGGUGGGAAGAAAAAGAACAAAAACAAAAAGAAGGACAAAGACAUGGAUGAGCUGAAAAAGGAAGUGGAUUUGGAUGAUCACAAGCUGAGCCUAGAUGAACUUCAUCGUAAAUAUGGUACAGACCUGAGCAGGGGUCUUUCAUCUUCCCGCGCACAGGAGAUCCUUGCCCGCGAUGGCCCCAAUGCCCUCACGCCUCCUCCUACCACACCAGAGUGGGUGAAGUUCUGUAAGCAGAUGUUUGGAGGCUUCUCCAUGCUGCUGUGGACUGGUGCUGUUCUCUGCUUCCUUGCUUAUGGUAUUCAAGCUGCAAUGGAGGACGAGCCUGCGAAUGAUAACCUGUAUUUGGGAGUUGUGUUAUCUGCUGUCGUCAUCAUCACUGGUUGCUUCUCAUACUAUCAAGAAGCCAAGAGCUCAAAGAUCAUGGACUCGUUCAAGAACUUGGUGCCACAGCAAGCUCUAGUGAUCCGUGAUGGUGAGAAGAACCACAUUAAUGCUGAGGAUGUGGUUUUGGGAGAUCUGGUGGAAGUAAAAGGUGGAGACAGAAUACCAGCAGACCUGCGUAUCAUUUCAGCACAUGGCUGUAAGGUGGACAACUCUUCUCUGACUGGAGAGUCAGAGCCUCAGACUCGUUCUCCAGAUUUCUCUAAUGAUAACCCUCUGGAGACCAGGAACAUUGCUUUCUUCUCUACAAACUGUGUAGAAGGCACUGCACGUGGAAUCGUCAUCAGCACCGGAGAUCGCACAGUGAUGGGCCGGAUUGCCACUCUUGCCUCUGGUCUUGAGGUGGGCCGCACGCCCAUUUCCAUCGAGAUUGAGCACUUCAUCCACAUCAUCACUGGCGUGGCUGUCUUCCUUGGACUCUCCUUCUUCAUCUUGUCCCUCGUUUUGGGCUACAGCUGGCUUGAAGCCGUCAUCUUCCUCAUUGGCAUCAUUGUUGCCAAUGUGCCUGAAGGUCUUCUCGCUACUGUUACCGUGUGUCUCACAUUGACGGCUAAACGCAUGGCCAAGAAGAACUGCCUGGUGAAGAAUCUUGAGGCCGUGGAAACCCUGGGCUCCACAUCCACCAUCUGCUCAGACAAGACCGGGACCCUGACACAGAACCGCAUGACCGUGGCCCAUAUGUGGUUUGACAACCAAAUCCAUGAGGCUGACACCACAGAAAACCAGAGUGGAACCACUUUUGAUCGCAGUUCAACCACCUGGGCCUGCCUGGCACGCGUUGCUGGCCUCUGCAACAGGGCUGUGUUCUUAGCAGAGCAGACUGAUGUUCCAAUACUGAAGAGAGAUGUUGCUGGGGAUGCCUCUGAGUCUGCUCUGCUCAAGUGUAUUGAACUUUGUUGUGGAUCUGUGAAAGAGAUGAGGGAAAAAUACUCAAAAGCUGCAGAAAUUCCUUUCAACUCAACAAACAAAUACCAGCUCUCAGUGCACAAGAACCCAAACGCAACACCAGAGUCCAAGUACCUGCUUGUGAUGAAAGGAGCACCUGAAAGAAUUUUGGAUCGCUGCUCUACAAUAAUGUUCCAAGGAAAAGAGCAGCCUCUAGAUGAUGAGAUGAGAGAUGCCUUCCAGAAUGCUUACCUUGAGCUGGGAGGACUUGGAGAAAGAGUCUUGGGUUUCUGUCACUACAAUCUUCCUGAGGAACAGUUUCCAGAUGGCUUCCAGUUUGACACAGAUGAUGUGAACUUCCCCACUGAGAACCUGUGCUUUGUUGGUCUCAUGUCUAUGAUUGAUCCUCCCCGCGCUGCGGUACCAGAUGCUGUAGGCAAAUGCAGGAGUGCUGGGAUUAAGGUUAUCAUGGUCACUGGUGACCAUCCAAUCACUGCUAAGGCCAUUGCUAAAGGUGUUGGGAUUAUCUCUGAGGGAAAUGAGACUGUUGAAGACAUUGCUGCACGCUUAAAUAUUCCUAUUAAUGAAGUCAAUCCAAGAGAUGCUAAAGCCUGUGUUGUCCAUGGUGGGGACCUCAAAGACCUUAGUGCUGAGCAACUAGAUGAUAUCCUAAAGCAUCACACUGAAAUCGUGUUUGCCAGAACUUCACCUCAGCAGAAACUGAUCAUUGUGGAGGGGUGUCAGCGUCAGGGAGCCAUUGUGGCUGUGACAGGUGAUGGUGUGAAUGAUUCUCCAGCCCUGAAGAAGGCAGAUAUUGGGGUUGCUAUGGGCAUAGCUGGAUCUGAUGUUUCCAAGCAGGCUGCUGACAUGAUCCUUCUUGAUGACAACUUUGCAUCAAUUGUGACUGGUGUAGAAGAAGGCCGGCUGAUCUUUGACAACCUGAAGAAGUCUAUUGCCUACACACUCACCAGCAACAUCCCUGAGAUCACACCAUUCCUCUUCUUCAUCAUCGCCAAUAUCCCACUGCCGCUGGGAACUGUCACCAUUCUGUGUAUUGACCUCGGAACAGACAUGGUUCCGGCUAUUUCCCUGGCCUAUGAAGCUGCUGAGAGUGACAUCAUGAAGAGACAGCCCAGAAACCCCAAAACAGACAAACUGGUGAACGAGAGGCUCAUCAGCAUUGCAUAUGGUCAGAUAGGAAUGAUUCAAGCUCUGGCUGGUUUCUUCACAUACUUUGUCAUCCUGGCUGAAAAUGGGUUCCUCCCAUCAAGACUCCUCGGUAUCCGUGUGCACUGGGAUGACAAAUAUACCAACGACCUUGAGGACAGCUAUGGGCAGCAGUGGACAUAUGAACAGAGAAAGAUUGUGGAGUUCACCUGCCACACAGCCUUCUUCACCAGCAUAGUGGUGGUGCAGUGGGCUGACCUGAUUAUCUGCAAGACCCGGAGGAAUUCUGUCUUCCAGCAGGGAAUGAAAAACAAAAUCCUCAUCUUUGGACUGUUUGAGGAAACAGCUCUUGCAGCUUUCCUGUCUUACUGCCCAGGGAUGGGCGUGGCUCUGAGGAUGUAUCCACUCAAACCUAACUGGUGGUUCUGCGCUUUCCCAUACUCCCUCCUCAUCUUUAUCUAUGAUGAAAUCAGAAAGCUCAUCCUUAGGCGCAAUCCUGGAGGCUGGGUGGAGCGAGAGACAUACUACUAGAACUCCGUGUCAACACACGUGGGUCUUCUUUGUUUAGUGCUCUGAUAGUUCUGCUGCUUUUGGAUUUUAAUCACUGUAAAAAAUUUAAUGUUUUUAUAUAGGAAAACUGAGCUGAUGGCAAAAUGGCGUGUUGUUAUUCUUAAACUGAACAGAUUUUUUACAUGUUUUUAACUAUGUAAUAUGAAUAAACUCUUAAGUCUGGUCCUACUUCUUUCAUCUAAUCUA